GCCUGGCACUCAGGCAUUUCCUGGUGCCAAGUCAUGAGGAGACUCACAGAGGCACAGACCGAUGCCUUUAAAACGCUCCCUCUGUGCACCGAGGCAUUAACAUGACGUCUAUCACCAUGGUACCGAAGUGCUUAGACAAUCUGCUCCCGGCAGGAGCUGGGGAGCGGCAUGAAGCAGAUUACCCAUGCUUCGCUGUGACACUUGUGAUCAUGCAUCACCUUGAUGGAUCAACAGCCAAUACCGCCUGGGUCCCAGCCCGCCCCUUCGCGCUACAUCUUCUCCUGUUCAUAUGUCUUCCUCAGCAGGAGGGAUAACAGUGACCCAUACCGGCCUUCCUAUCAGGGUCUUGCUGGCAAACACGGAUAUGUCCUUUAGCUGCAAAAUCCACAACUUCCUAGGAACCGAGAUCUUCAUGUUCACCGUUAGCUUCUUUUACAUGGAUAUCCAUGGCGAGAAAAGCUCGGAGAAGCCAAUUGCCUGCCAACCCAGGCCUGGCAUGGAGAACCAGACCAUGGAUUGCAUGGUUCAACUCAGCCUGCCAAAUGCAUCAGCCACAGGCACUUACUACUGCAGAGUCAAAGGACAUGUGACAAGUCAGAGCGACGGCAUCUUCAUUCUGGUCAGAGACACAGGGUACCAGCCACCUUCAUUCAAGGUCCAGGAGGCUCUGCUGCUUAGCUUUACCGGCCUGCUCAGUGUCCUGGGUGUGCUGGGCACGGCGCUGCUGUUCUGGAAGAAGAAACAGAUAGCGGUUCUGGGCAAGCACACUGCUAAGACAUGCCCUAGUCCCAAACCCACCAUCGGAACCACAAAGCCUCCAGCAGAAUCCAUCUACACGUCCCUACAGCGUCGAGAGACAGAGGUCUACGCCUGCAUCGAGGGAGAGACUGGUAGCCCUGUCUCCAGCCAAAGUCCAGACACCAAGGAGAAAAUGAAUAGAGUUGAAGAUGACCGUGAAUUUAACCUCGUCUAUGAAAAUCUUUAGAAGUUUUACAGGCUCCGAGCCUUGUCUUGGAUUAGGACUCCAGAGCCGCAUCUCUUGUCUAAGGACCUGCUUUGGGAGGGCAGUAGAGGCUUCAGGACACGCCAUCUCCUCACCUGCAGUCAGGUCUCUCCCUACCUUGGCCUGGUCUGCUCUCACACUCUGCGUCCCAGCCUGAACAGUUAAUGCCUGGGUUUUUGCCCAGGUUGUUCCUCCGUCAGGAAAGCCAUUCCUUCCCUGUGCCCAUGGAGAAGUGGUUCUCAGUCCCACGUGGCUCUCUUGGAUACCAUCUCUUUCCUUUUCACCCCUUACUGCCACCCCUGAAGAGCUGUGUAUGUGACCGUCUUGACAUCUGCCUACAGUUUGGUUCACAGCAGACUUGCCCUUGGGAGAACAUAGGAGGACCCCAGUGAGGACUAUGCCUGGUCACUGAGUCACCCGGGAGGACAUAGUAGGACCCCAGUGAGGACUAUGCCUGGUCACUGAGCCACUCCAGCUGCUCGGCUAGCCCAGAGGCUUGUAGUACAGUGUGGGCAAAUGAGGGUGGACUGGCUAAGGAGAGAUGGGCGUCGAAGAACUGCUCCAAAACUGGCUGAGCCCAGGGCCAGAAAUGGAGGCUGCGGAUAUGGCCAGGACCAGAAGCAGGGAGGCUCCAUGCACUCUGCUGAGAAAGGAGAAUCUAGCUUGUCUCAGGUAGAGGUGGAGGGUGACGGGAGUGCCCAUCCCCAAUGAGAACCCUGAGCUAGCUUCCAUCAGCCUGUGUAGGCACACACAUCACUGUGCCUGCCACCCUAGGCUCUCCAGUCCUCUGUUUCUUAUUCUACCCUUAGACACAGUUCCCCCAGUUCCUCCUUGUGACUUACUCUGACCCCGCUACCCCGGCUUCAUGCCCGUUUCCUGUGUUCAUUUAUUUGCUUUUGACCCGUCUUGCCUCCCCUAAAAAUGGAGAGCAGCCUAGCUGUCUCCAUGCCACCUCUUUCCUCAGUGGUUCGGCUACGUGGCUUGCUGCUGAACCUCCCCUGGGCAAGUGGGUGAGUCUCUGUGCUGGAGAAACUCAAGCCAGGGUGGACCAAAGCUCCCCCAUACCUUACAGCCUUUCUGGUCCUCCGGGAACUCAUUCAAGGGACCCAUCAUUACACCCCAGACACCCCUGCAAUAGGGAAGCUGUCUCCUUGGAAGGCAGUAUCAGUUCCUGGGGUGCAGGGACUUCCACCUUCCUUCCCUCUGCUUAGCCUGCCAUUCCUUCAGCUUUUUGGUUUAGCUGUGGAACCAAUAGGUCAGUCUACCUCCCCUACUUUCCAGGCAGCUUCAAAGGUUUCUGGGAUGUUCUCAUUCCAGGGCCUUGCGCUUCCUAGGCAAGCGCUCUACCACUGAGCUAAAUCCCCAACCCCUGGGCUCUACUCUUGAGCACCCAACCUGUAAAGUUCCAGGCUGAGUGAACGCCCAUGCUCUUGGAGGCUGGCUUGAUGAAUUCCCGGUCGGUGAGGAAGGGGAACUACCUGGCACAGAGCUGCCUCCAGGCUCCUGACUCCCAGCCUCCUGGCUCAGCGGUCUGAGAUGAAGCUUAGUGCUGGGGUAAAAACCUUAGCCAGCAAGGACUUGACCAUUGUUUCUCCCACAUCCCGAGGUUUAUCCAGUCUCUGGAUUCUCUGACUGAGACUCAGGGUUUUCAAAACCCUUUCCAGGAGAGUGAGGGAUGCCUGAAGGCACUUCAUAUGGUGCCCUGGCUCAGGACCCAGCACCCAGGUCUCCCAGCAGUCACCCGGUUCCCACUGCCUCUUCCCUAUGAAGCAGCCGGGGAACCUGAUAAGACAAGCUUUGUCCUCUUCCUUUCCCCGUGAAAAAGCCUCCCGUGGUUUCUACUUUACUUGCAAUAAAAUCUCAGCUCCUUUCUGUGGCUUGGGAGCCCCAGGAAGACUGACACAGACAUUG